CAAAUUUCAAAUCUUUUUAGUUUCCUUACAUUAGAGUCAAGUAGGAAAAUCAAAACAUUUAUUGAGAAAAUUUUUACUAACGAUAUUUUUACCAUUAGUUGCAUUAAAUAUUUGGACCAUGGGACAAACACUAUCAGAACCAAUUACUAGCAAGGAUUCGGCGCGCUGUGAAAACUCCGCGUUCCUGGUUGGCAGCAGCUGCAUGCAGGGAUGGCGCAUUGAAAUGGAGGAUGCCCAUACUCAUAUACUCUCCUUGCCCGACGAUCCGGGUGCAGCCUUCUUUGCGGUCUAUGAUGGUCACGGGGGUGCUGCGGUGGCCAAGUUUGCUGGCAAACAUUUGCAUAAGUUUAUUACCAAGCGGCCAGAGUAUUUUGGCAGCUCCGUGGAGUUAGCCAUGAAGCGUGCAUUUCUGGACUUUGAUCGGGAGAUGCUUCAUAAUGGCAGCUGGGGCGAACAGAUGGCCGGCUCCACGGCCAAUGUGGUGCUGAUCAAGGACAGGCGACUGUAUUGUGCCAAUGCGGGGGAUUCCCGUGCCAUUGCCUGCAUUGGAGGCAUGAUGAAACCACUGUCUGUUGACCACAAGCCCAGCAAUGAGUCUGAGGUCAAGCGUAUUUUAGCCGGCGGUGGCCAUGUGGAGAACAAUCGCGUCAAUGGCAAUUUGGCAUUGUCUCGGGCCCUGGGAGAUUUUAUGUAUAAGCGGAAUGCUAACAAGAAGCCAGAGGAACAGAUUGUCACUGCCGAUCCGGAUGUGGUGGCCUGUGACAUUACCGAUGAUUGGGAGUUCGUUGUGAUUGCCUGUGAUGGCAUCUGGGAUGUGAUGAGUAGCAGCCAAGUCGCCGAAUUUGUACGUGAACGUAUCGCCAACGGAAUGCAACCAGAUCUCAUUUGUGAGCAGAUGAUGAACUUUUGCCUGGCACCCAAUGUCUACAAUUAUGGUCUGGGUGGUGACAACAUGACCGUCAUCGUCAUCUGUUUCCUACACAACAAAUCCUACGAUGAUUUGGUAGUUCGUCUUGGCGGAUCUAAGAAACCCCAUCUUGAGUCUGGCGUUGGCGACAUUGCUACUGUAUGUAAGAAAAAACUGAACAAACCCAAUAACAGCAACUGCAAUCUGGAUAAUGCUCGAUAGAAAAUACCUACACUGUUUAUUUGUUUAUCGUUUCUUAUUUUUGGCACACAGUUUUUCUAUAGCUAGUUUAAUCUCAUACCGACAUUCGUAUACCUUAAAAAUCAUUUGACAAAAUUGUCUCGCAGGAGAUCGUAAAUUUUUUUUUUAGCCCGUUUGACAAUUGACUUCAAAUUCAAUUGAAAUACAUAUAUGCUGAUUAAUUCA